CAGAAAUUCUUCUGGAGCAAAAAGUCAACAACUAAACUUAAAAGUGUGGAAAAAAAUCAGAAAUAUGUCUGCAUGCUGCCUUUUUUAAUUUAACAAAACCUCCGUCGUUCUUAUUUUCAUUUCACAAUGUCCCUACCUCACCUCGGAGCCACUUCCUCUGUAACUUGAUAGUUGACCGUAAUACGUGUAAUAAAGUGGGAGCAGUUCAAGGGGAAUUUGUGCUGCAGACUUUGGGACAUUGACGCACACACACCCUCUGGCUGGCUGCUGCUGCAGACUGUCUGUAUGUGUGUGUGUGUGUGAGAGGUGCCACAUCGAAACGGAAUAGAAUAAACUCUGGAAAAUGCGCAUCAUGCUGCUGAUCCUGCUGCAGAUGUUGGUCCUUGUGUCGUCUGCUCCUCCACGGUGUGACCCAGGAUUUAGAGGACUGUGCAAGCCAAUGGAAGUGGAAGAAAAAGCCAAAUGCACAGAUAUGCUACUGUCCUACUGCGACGACAUGUCCUACACUCAGACCAUGUUCCCGAACAUCCUUGGCCACAAGACCCGCGAGGACGCCGAGGCCGGCGCCGAGUACCUCCUCAUGAGCGUGGUCGAGUCUCUCCUCGGCGGAGAGUGCAACCCGGAGAUCCGCAUGCUGGGCUGCUCCGUGUUGGCGCCUCGCUGCGAGAUGGGGAAGGUGCUGAAGCCCUGCCGCACCACCUGCGAGACGGUGCAGAAAAGAUGCAGCCACGCUUUCGACGCGAUAGAGAUGGCGUGGCCCUACUUCCUGGACUGCGAUCGCUUCUUCGUCGGAGAACAAGAGGGGUGUUAUGACCCGCUGGAGGACCUCCGAGCGGAGCAGGAUGCCGAGGCCGUUGACAGCAUGGAAUUUCUUCCUGCCGAGGAGCCCGCCACCGCGAUAAAGUUCACCUUUUACUCCAACGCUCAGAUGAACAGCAUCUUGAAGAAAACUGAGGAGCAAUGCUCCGACAUCGCGAGAACCUACAGCAUCGGCCGCAGCAUGGAGGGCAGGGAGCUGCUCGUGAUCGAGUUCUCCAACAACCCCGGCCAACAUGAACUGCUCGAGCCAGAGGUGAAGUACAUCGGCAACAUGCACGGAAAUGAAGUCCUGGGCCGCCAGCUGCUGAUCUACCUGGCUCAGUACAUGUGCUCAGAGUAUCUGCUGGGGAGCGAGCGCAUCCAGACUCUCAUCAACACCACCCGCAUCCACAUCCUGCCCUCCAUGAACCCUGACGGAUACGAGGUGGCAGUUUCUGGACUCGAGGACAAUAACUACAAUGAUGAUGAGGAGGAGGGUCCCAGAUAUGAUACUUGGAACAUCGGCCGGAGUAACGCUCAAAACCUUGACCUGAACAGAAACUUCCCCGAUCUGACAUCCGUCGCUUACGGCCGCCGCAGACAGAAGGGCUACCGCACCGACCACAUCCCAAUCCCAGACUAUUACUGGUUUGGUAAGGUUGCACCAGAGACUUACGCUGUCAUGAAAUGGAUCCGCUCCAUCCCGUUCGUGCUCUCCGCUAACUUCCACGGCGGGGACCUGGUGGCGUCCUACCCCUACGAUCUGUCCAAACACCCGCUGGAGCACAACAUGUUCUCCGCAACACCGGACGACAAGGUAUUCAAGCUUCUUGCAAGAACAUAUGCAAACGCCCAUGAGACGAUGUCCAAUGAAAACGCCCAGUGUGGACCGGCUCGUAGGCACAGUAAAAAAGGAACCGUUAAUGGAGCCGAGUGGGCCAGCAUCGCAGGUGGCAUGCAAGACUUCAACUAUCUUCACACCAACUGUUUUGAGAUAACCGUGGAGCUGGGUUGUGAUAAAUUCCCCGCUGAAGAGGAACUGUUUAUCGGCUGGCAUGAAAACCACGAGGCUUUAAUCGCAUUUAUUGAAGCGGCCCAUCGAGGUAUCAAAGGACUCGUAAAAGACGAGGAGGGAAAUGUGGUCCAAGGUGCACGAAUAUCAGUCGGAGGAAUACGGCACGACGUUACUACAGCUCAAAACGGAGACUACUGGCGCCUCCUCACCCCUGGCAUCCACAUCGUCAGCGCCUCGGCCCCGGGCUACACCAAAGCCGUGAAGAAAGUCCAUCUGCCUCGUAGCAUGCAGGCAGCAGGCCGGGUGGACUUUGUGCUGCAGAAAGCUGCGUUUGAGCUCGACACGCAAGAGGAGGACGACGCCAUCCUGGCAAUGGGCACCUACGACCGCUUCGACCCUUAUAACCAGUACGAGCGCUACACCCUGAUGGCUGAUUUGAGCCAAGACCGUGAGGAGAGAGCGGAGAAGCCCUGGUGGUGGAACUACUUUAACCUGCCGGGAGGCCUUGCGCCAACAUGGCUGCUCAAGCACUAUUAGAGCUUUCAUGGUAUCUCUUUCUACAGUAUACACACAAACCGAGCUAUAUCGUCUAAUGAAUGUGCUGCUUUUUUAUUGAUGUUACACGGCAGGAAAGUGUAAAAGCUCGCUGGCUGGCCUUCGUGUUAGCUUUUACACUUUUACCUACGUGUGCUCUGUUUUGGUCCCAAGUCAAUUAACUUCACCAUGAUGUUUUAUAACAAUUUUACAGCAGAAAUAAAGACCUUUUAUGUCAAUUAUUGUAUAUAGUCACAAUGUGAAUCCUUCACACCCUUCUUUUAAAUAUCUUGGGAAAGUAAGUUUAUUUGUACUGCUACUUUCAAACAAGAACAACCUAAAAAAAAGGAAAAUAAAUAUGUUGAAAAAGCAUACUCUGAUAAUUUAUUUUCCCCAAAUAACCCAUCUUCAUUCAAGCAUUAGACUUUUAGUAUGUGAUUAAACCAGGUGGCCACUAGGGGGCAGGCUGAGUCAACUUCUGGCCCGAGUUACUGCAAACCAUGAAGUCUGGUUAUUCUUCCACAUAGUGUGUACUAUUUGUAAAAUUAACUGAAAUAGUUCUGUGUCUUGAGCGUUGUGCUGAGUCAGAGUUUUGUAUUAAAGACUCCUGAUAUCUUUUGCA